ACUGCUGACGUGGCCGCUGAUGUUACCGGGGCGACGGAGCCAUCUUGAGCGGGAGCAGCGGCGACGGAGACCGACAUACUGGGGAGGUGAGAGACAGACACGGACAUCGACAGCCUGGGGAGAAAAUUGUGAUUGAAGAAAAAAAAUGAUGGAGGAAAGUGGGAUUGAAACGACUCCCCCCAGUACCCCACCACCUAGCACUGCAGUGACUGCAAGCAGUCCCCCUGCCCCUACAGUUCUACCCAGUCCUUUAUCUAAUCCUAUCACCAGCUCUAUCUCUUCAUUACCUCCCUCAACCUUUUCCACGCCACCACCUCCUCGAACCCACGUGCCUCCUGCUGGGUCCUCCACACCCCUGACAAUGGGAUCUUCUGCUGUCGCUUCCACCAUACAUCCAGCUGUUGCUCAUUCUGGGACUGCCGCUUAUAGCAGUCCCAUAAACUUUUCUCCUUCAGCACCUCCUGUGGGUUCUCCUGCUGGUCCUGUCUUUUCUGUACCUCCCGUAGGUCCACCAAUCACUGGUUUCUCCAUGACUGCCAAUUACGACAUCACCCGAGGUCACGCUGGUCGAACCCCUCAAACCCCACUGAUGCCAACAUUUUCUUCAUCUGUUGCAGGAGUUGCGCCAAACACAAUGCCUCAGACCUCUGCUCCAAUUGGAGGUGGCUCUUCCAUUACUUUCCCAGAGGAGACUGAAGAUCCCAGGAUGUCUGCGCAUUAUGAUCAAAGUGCUUCUGGUGGAGGACUGUGGGGCUUCUUUAAGGGUGUGGCAGGAAACCCAGUCGUGAAAUCAGUUUUGGAUAAAACAAAGCAUUCUGUGGAGUCCAUGAUCACCACCCUGGAUCCAGGCAUGGCUCCCUAUAUCAAAUCAGGUGGUGAUCUGGAUGUUUUGGUAACUUCCAACAAGGAAGUCAAAGUGGCAGCUGUUCGGGAUGCAUUCCAGGAAAUGUUUGGAUUGGCCACUGUUACUGGGGAGGCUGGCCAAUCAAACAUUGCCCCACAACCUGUUGGUUAUGCAGCAGGAUUAAAGGGAGCCCAAGAGAGGAUAGAUAGUCUGAGGAGGUCAGGAGUGAUUCAUGAGAAACAGGUGACUGUUUCCAUUGAGAGCUUCAUUGCCGAAUUGCUCCCAGACAGGUGGUUUGACAUUGGUUGUUUGAUUCUUGAAGAUCCAGUUCAUGGUAUUCAUUUGGAAAAUUUCACACAAGCAACGCCAGUGCCUUUAGAAUAUGUGCAACAGGCACAGAACCUCACGCCACCUGACUACAAUUUGAGAUGGUCUGGCCUGAUGGUGACUGUCGGUGAAGUGUUGGAAAGGAGUUUACCCCAAGUCAACCGGACUGAUUGGCACAUCGUGUUUACAGGCAUGUCUCGAAGGCAGAUGAUCUACAGUGCGGCCAAAUCAUUAGCAGGAAUGUACAAACAGCAACUGCCAUCAAAGUCCAUUUAACAAGUAAAACUGUGGCCUUCUAUUCAGUGGGGAUUUUUUUUUUUUAAAAGGUGCUUCACUGCGCUCAAGAACGGUUUGACUUUUUGUAUUUUUAUACUCAAACAAAAUUCAUCAAAACUCAGUUGCUGAAUCAAAACAUAUCUUGCAGCUGCCUCCAUGCCAGAACAGGAAUUGGUUAAUUGGAGCUUUCCAGAAACUGAAGAUCCAGUGUAAGGGGAUGUUUGAAAUAUGCAGCGUUUUGCAUAUAAUAACAUUAUAUUGAAAUAAUUUUGCAAUACUUUCGGUGUUGAAAUAUGACACCCAAGGAAGUAAAACGCUAAGAGUUGCUAAUAUUUAACUGAUAUUUUCAACCUCUUCAGGUAAUCAUCAUAAAAAAAAUUCCAAGUAAUGGUUAAUGUGCAGGCUAUUCAAGUGCCAAAUUUUUCUCUUGCUGUUCCCUACCUCUACCCUUCUAAUUAAGGCUUAGAGGCUUGCAAUACAAAAUGAUGGAUACAUGAUUUACAAAAUACAACUUGUUAACCCACUUUUUUUUAAAAAAGCAAAGGUUUAGCAAAUGAAUAGUCAAGUUAAUUUGGAACAAGGUACAAUGAAAGACAGCACAAACUGUCCAAUACUAAUCUUGGAAAAUCUGUCUAACUAGAUCAUCUCACUGCCAAGUGAAGCUAUUGCUGGGCUUGUUUGGAUUAUUUUUUACACUAUUUUGUCAUGUUUCUAAGGGAAUAAAACUGAAAUAUCACAAUUGA